UACAACCUGUCCGGCGGAAGUUGUGCUGACAGUCUUGUCACAAAAGAAAUGGCGAGCGGUAUCGGAAAACACAAGAUACUGAAUGUGGGGCCAACAGAGCCCUGGUCAGUCAGGGAGAAACUAUGCCUGGCCUCCUCUGUGAUGAGGAGUGGCGACCAAAACUGGGUGUCCGUAAGUAGAGCCAUCAAGCCUUUCUCAGAGCCUGGCCGUCCACCUGACUGGUUCUCACAGAAGCACUGUGCCUCACAAUACUCUGAGCUACUGGAGGCCACAGAAGCACCUAAGCGUAAGCGUGGUGAGAAGGGUGAGGUGGUCGAAACCAUUGAAGAUGUCAUCGUUCGUAGGCUAACUACUGAGAGGAUAGAGGAACUCAAAAAACUACUGCGAGACACACAAGAGCAGUACAGGAAGUUGAAGAAAGAGGUGGAUCUGAUACAGACGGGUCACAUGGACUCACAGCUGAAGGAGCUGUGGGCAGAAAUCACGCUAAAGAAGAAACAGGAUGAGGAGGAAGCAGAACAGAAGAGGAAAGCCACAGACACGGCGUACCAGGCUCGUCAGGCGGUGAAAAACACACCCAAGCGUCUGCCCAGUGUAACUGUACGUUCUCCUCUGGGUGCCAGCCCCCCUGCCAUAGACUCUCAAGCUGACACUUUGGUCCCCACGUCGCCCAUGGAUACAGGAGGUGUUGCCUCUGAUGACACAAUCAUCCACUCAGUUGCCCAGGGGGUCGGCGUGUUUCUACCAGCGACGGAUGCUCCAGGGUCCAAAGAUGGAGGCCUGGCCGCUUUAGUAGAUGAUUCACCACAAAAGAGGCUCUUAACCCAGAAGGCCACACCGCCACCCUCACCUCUCCUGUCAGAACUGCUGAAAAAAAGCAACCUCAUCUCGUCCGGCCCUCGUGUGGUUGGUGAGGGAGACACUACUGGAAGCCUUACCAAUGGAGUACAGACAGUCACCACAGCCACUGCACUACCACCUCAUGAGGUCAUCACAGAGGGUGAAGUGGAAGCUGCAGUGAAGGCAGAGCUCGUUGAGGGGACGGGAUUGGUAGAAGAGGACCUUACCGUGUCGUACAUGGGAGACGAUCUGGAUCUGGAGACAGUAGGAGACAUCAUUGCCAUCAUAGAGGAGAAGGUCGAUGACUCUGUGGAAGCCUUGGAUGCGGCAGCAGUGGAAGCAGCUCUCUCUCUCUGUGAAGAGGCCGUCUCAGAAGGACACACCCUCCCUGGGCCCUGGGAGACCCAGGAGCUGAAGGCCUCAGACCCAGGACCCACAGUCCAAGAAUCCGAUCCCACACAGGAGCCUCAGGAUGUGGCCGCAAUGUCAGCCCUGAUCCCUGCGGGCACAGAGACCCAGAAUCAACCAGAAACUAAAACAGAAGAACAGCUGAAGGGAAACUGUGAAGGACCUGAGGUGACAGGAAGCGAUGUCACCUCUGACGACGGUGCAACAGGUAGUGAGGUUACAGAGGAAGGGACAGCAGGCAAGGAGGCCACUGAAACAACAGUCAAGAGUGAAGGAGAGGAAUGGAGCCAGCCGGAGCCCAACCCACCUUGCCUAGACUCUGAGGACAGCUCUGUGUCCGGGAAAGAGUCCAAGGAGGUGAAGGAGGAGGAGGCGGGGAGCGAGGGCGACCCAGACGAAGGGAUGGAGCUGAAGGAGGAGUGUGGGGAGGGGGAGGGUCCUUAUCUGUCGGAGGUGGAGCGGGCAGCCAGUGAGAGUGAAGACGGUUACGGCCCGCCCUCCCAACGCUACACAGCCGAUUCACUGGCCAGCAGCCCGGCCUCUUCGUCCCAGCUCUCUACAUGUGGUGAGGACCAGGAGGCGGUACAGGCCCAGAAGAUCUGGAAGAAAGCCAUUAUGCUGGUUUGGAGAGCCGCAGCCAACCACAGGUAUGCCAGUGUCUUCCUGCAGCCUGUGUCAGACGACAUCGCGCCUGGUUACCACAGCAUCGUACACAGACCCAUGGACCUAUCUGCCAUUAAGAAGAACAUUGAGUCCGGUGUGAUCCGUACAACAGCUGAGUUCCAGCGCGACAUCAUGCUAAUGUUUCAGAAUGCUGUCAUGUACAACUCGUCGGAUCACGACGUAUACCAUAUGGCUCUAGAGAUGCAGCGUGACGUCCUGGAGCACGUUCAGCAGUUCCUGGCCACCCAGCUCAUCAUGCAGACCUCGGAGAGCGCCAUCUCCGCCAAGAGCCUCCGCGGCAGGGAGGGAAACCGUAAGCCAGGAGAACCGGCUGAGAAGGAUGGAGGCACCAGGGGUCGCCGUAGUGCCAUGGAGGCCGACCUAAAAAUGAAGAAGUAGACUGACAUUUUGAGAGAACUCUGGGAAUUGGAAAGGUGGAGCUGAUUACCUACUCAUAACCUUGGUUGUUUGAAGAGGAUUGCGCUCUGUGUGUGUGUGUGUGUGUGUGUGUAUAUAAGUGUACACAUACACUUAUUCAUCCAUGCUUAGACGACCAUGUAUGUGGACAGGUAUAUCUGUCGGUUUCUGUGAGAGAGAGAGCUGCAUCAAGAUUCUUCUUUUCCUGUUCAUAUGAUUGGUUAAUGUGCAGCGCACCACUUUCUCCAAGUAUCAUUUCACCAGCGACGGUAGUAGUCCAUCAUUUCCCUCUGCUGAGGAGGAACAGCGAAGAGAAAUAAAACAUCAUCACCAGCAAAAGUUUGUUUGGGAUCAAAUAAUGGGACAGAAUAAGUUCUGCUUGUCAGAUUUAGUCAUGCUGAAUCACGGAGGCAUUAAUACUGGUACUUCUUGUUGGACUAACACCAAAUGAAACCAAGAAUGCUGAAUCUAUGUCAGUUUGAUCACUGCGAAAAUAUGAUUGUGAGAUCCACAUUACAGCUAUUAUAAAUCUAAACUUGUGUUGAUAAAUGUAAGAAUGAAUGAUCUUCAAUAAGAAAAGCUGUUGAUGUCACCAAACUGGAGGGAUUUGUCUGCUUUCCUUAGUAAUGGGUGAGAACGCCCGUCUGUGUUGUCAUAAUUUAGCCCAUUAACUGCAAAUUGCAUUUAUGUUUCUGCUGACCAUUUUCCUUGGCACAAGUUUAUAGAUUGACUACCUUCCCUUCAAGCAGCCCUCAGACUAUAAUAUUCAGCUUGAGAAUUCAAUAUUAUAGCUAGCAGAGGUAUAAUCCAUCAGAGUGUGUUGUCUGUUUCAGUGUGAGAGCAGGAAGCCUUUAGGUGUUGCAUUCAAGUACACUCAGGCAUCUGAAAAUUAAUGUCCAAGUCCAGAAUACAAGCUAGCUAUCAUAGAAGGGGUGAAAUGCAUAUUGGGUUGUUAAUUUUUGGCAUUUAUAAGGUUGCUGUUAAGGAGCUUUUACAUCAGCUCCUGCUUGGAGGUGUGCUACCAUGUAAUGAUGAUCUAAAAUCAGGAAGUCAAAUUGUUCACUUUAUAACUUCCCAUAACCUCAAAUUUCACAGCUCUUUUAUAUGUUGUAGUGAAAUGAAUGAAAACCAAUAGCUGCCUUUUGAAGGUAGAGAAUCAGGAAAUCUAAAAACUAAACUCUUUGUAAAGUGGUUCGCAGAAAUGUCAAAUAUAGGUGGUUUUGUUAAUUGGCUCAAACAUAGUAUGUGGAGUUUGUUUUUGCUGAAGUAGUAUUCAUGCAUCUCUGCUCGUCACUUAGGAUGUAGACUGUGUGCUAUUUAAAUAGCAUAAGAAACGUGUUUGUGUAGUGUUAGAUGGGAGUACAAAAACAAGUUUCUUACCUGCGAGAUGGAUCAUGUAGUGUUUUGUUUGCGUAGCUGAUAAGUGUGUUCCGUUGUACAUUUUGUUAAAUAAAAAGAUUUGAUCUAAACCUAAA